CGCCGCCGCUCUCGCGCGUUCCCGUUCGUCCACCGCUUCUUCCGCCUCGUCGGCGCCACCGCCACGAAAACCUUCCGCCGCCGCCGCCGCCUCACGGCGAGGUCCACCCGCAACCGCAGGGUAGCGAGACCGGGGGAGCCGAAUCGCCCGGAGGAGGCGGAGCAACCGCCGGAGCAGGCCGUCGCGCCGGCGCGGGACCCCGAUGCCGCCGACGCCGACACGACCGCGGUGGCGGGGAAGUACUGGGCGCACCGCCACAGCCUCUUCUCCCUGUACGACCGCGGCGUGCGCAUGGACGCCGAGGGCUGGUACUCCGCCACCCAGGAGUCCGUCGCGGCGUUGCAGGCCGCCCGCGCCGCGCCCGGCGACCUCGUCGUCGACGCCUUCGCCGGCUGCGGCGGCAACUCCAUCCAGUUCGCCGCCAGGGGUUGCUACGUGGUCGCCGUGGAGAUCGACCCCCGCAAGGUGGAGCUCGCGGCGCACAACGCCAGGGUGUACGGGGUCGAGGACAGGAUCGAGUUCGUCGUCGGCGACUUCUUCCGCCUCGCGCCUUCCCUCAAGGCUGAUUUGGUGUUCCUUUCACCACCCUGGGGAGGACCAUCAUACAUCCAAGCUCCAGUUUACACCCUUGAUAUGCUGAAGCCAAAAGACGGGUAUGCAACAUUCCAAGCUGCUCAGAAAAUAGCUCCGAAUGUCAUCAUGUUCCUGCCACGGACGGUCGACAUGAGCCAAGUGGAGGAACUUUCCUGGUUGUCUUGCCCUCCAUUAGAUUUCGAGAUUGAAGAGAGCUACGUACACCACAGACUGAAAGGAAUCACUGCCUACUUCGGAAGAACUGCAAGACCUCCAAGUGACCAUUGACAAGAUUGGGAUGACGAACAACCUGCUGAUUAGUUCUCUAGAACCUCUUUGCGCAAAAGAAAAAAAAAGGGGCUAUGCAGACUUUUAGGUCAUACUUAGAACUGGGUGUUUUCCUGAUUCCUUCUGUAAUCGAAAUAUGCAGUGAGGAUUUUAGCAAAAUUUAUGGUAAAACACCUUAUCCCAUACGUUGAUCUGAAUCUGAACCCUGCCUCACAUGUGAGAUCGCACUAAA